AUGAACUCACCAGAGGCGUCCUGGGUUGCUCAACGCAGAGACUCUUACCCAGGGUGUCAGCCUCUGAAAGAUACACGUGCCUGGGCCUCUUUCCUGAAGAUGGACCCAGCAGGUCUGGAGGGAGGGCCCUGUGAUGCACCCUAUGAUGAGCCGCUGAUCCGAGCUGCGUGGAACCUCAGCGGGGGUGUGAGCUAUCAGGAACCUGCCGCUGGACUGCAGCGACCAGGAGAAUACGGGUUCUAUACCCUAUCAUCUUUACUUUGUUGGAGAGGAGCUGUAAUAGUCUAUGUUAAAGUUACUGUUCAGACAAAGGAUUCCAACAAAUUGCUUUCACUACUUUAUUGGUAAUUUUAAGAACUACGAGGAACUUAGUUGUUUUUUUCUGGAAGAAAACUGGAAUUAAAAUCGCUGAUCCUUUAGAGAAAUAGAACAAAGGAGAAGGGAGUGUACAAAAUAAAUAAGAAAAGAAUUCUUAGCAUACUUUCCUUUCCUGUAUUCUCACUGAGAAAUAAAAAGUAAAUGGGAUAUUGAGAAGCAAAAUUAAUCCUGAUUAGGCUCGCUUUGGGACAAGCAACCACUUUGCACGAUUACCCAUUGUUAGGCGUGAAACGGAGCCGAUGAUCGCUCAUUGUUGAGGAGAAAAGACCUGGAGACCACGCUCAUCCAGUCUCGCUCCUGACCUGCAUCUGAACACCUGAAGGAAGAAACUUUAAGAAAAAGACUUCAAGUGACAGAGGAGACAAAAGUCUCAAAGGUGCAGAAUUCAAGAAGCAUGGCGUCUCAGGAUGGGUGUGAAAGUGACAAAUAGGAGAUCCCCUGACAGCUAAACCCAGGCACAUCCUGGAAUCCCGGGAUGCGGUGCAAGUUUUCAUGGCAGAGCUCAUACCAGCAUUGUGUGGAAGAUUAAAUGUUGUUAUGCUUUGAGAUUGGCACGCAUGCUAUUCAUUUUUUAUUAAGAAGUACAAUGAAAUUUAAUGUAUUCCAUUUUUGACACCAAUGUAAUGACCAAAUUAAACUAGAUUUUCAAAAAUAAUCAGAGGCCCUGCCCCGCAAACUCCUCCUGGGCCCAGGGAGAUGUGGGUCCAGUCAGUGGCAACUCCAUCUUGGGUGCUGAUCCACCAUGCUGACUUCAGACCAGCGCCAGUCUCCUGAGCGCCUCCCAAUUCCUAUGUGAUUUCCUGUCCCUAGUGUAUGAACAUGUCAGCCUUGAUGUGAUUACACAGAUUAUGGGCCAUGACACACCUACCACUCUGCCUGUUCUGAAGGGCUGCCUUUAAUUGUCUUGCAAAGAGCACUUACACCUCUUCCCCAGGGCACAGAAGCCCUGGGUCUGGGGUGACAGGUACAGAGACCUACCUAUCCUCCAGCCACCCAAGACCAUGCUUCUGUCUGUAAAUUCCCCCAAUAAAACACCCUUUACUAACAAAUGUGAUUGAUCUGGCUUAUUCCUUGGUUUCUCGGCUCCUUCGGCAUUUGGGGGCCGUGUUGCAUAUGUGGCCCUUUCCUGGAACAGGAGACAAUGUUCUACGUUACGUUCCAGGACAAUUGACCUGGCAGAGCAUGGCAGAUGAUCUCGGGGGCUUUUGAGCUCGGGGGCUUUUGAGCUCACUCUCCACAGCUCUCCUUCACAGUGGCAGGAGUCAUGCGGGAUGGAUGGCCUUGCCCGGGGCACUUUUCACUCUGCGAGUGCUCACGCCUUA